AUGAUUCACGUGGCAGUUGAAGUCCUCGCUGUGCUCCAGCGGCUGUCUCUGCUGCCUCGCAGCUCCAGAGACCCAGGUUCGAUCCUGAUCUCCAGUGCCGUCUGGACGAAGUUUCCACCUUCUCCCUGUGACCUCGUGGGUACCCUCCCGGGUCCUCCAGCUCCCCCCCACGUCCCAAAGACGUGCGGGUCGAGUCUGUGUUUCAGUCCCCUGGUCCAAGAACGAAGCUGGGAUGUACAGCAGCGUUUAGCCGAUCUUGCUCUGUUUGCUGAGAUUUCUGCUGUGCGCUGCUUCCUGAUAAGCUGGUCUCUGCUGCCUUCUGGAGGCCAAAUCAAUAAUCACCGUUACCUGCUUUGGAACCAAAUUUUCAAAAAUGUGUGGAAGAGUUCAAGAGCGAGCACAAGUAUCAGCAACUCUGCCUGCACCUCAGGAGGGACACACUUCCCUGGGGUCAGUGCAGGGCAGACACUGAAUUCAGGGAUCAGGGGAAUGUCCCAUGAAGAGGCAAUGAGGAAGACUGGCCUAAACUCACUGGAGGAGGAUAAAGAAAUUUGGCAUGUCCGCUUUGACACUCACCAACUUUUAUCGAUGCACCAUGGAAAGCAUCCUAUCUGGAUGCAUCGUGGCUUGGUAUGGCAACUGCUCUGCCCGGGACUGCAAGAAACUGCAGAGAGUCGUGGACACAGCCCAGCGCAUCACGGAAACCAGCCUCCCCUCCAUGGACUCUGUCUACACUUCUUGCUGCCUCGGUAAAGCAGCCAGCAUAAUCAAAAACCCCAUCCACCCCGGACAUUCUCUCUUCUCCCCCCUCCCACUGGGCAGAAGAUACAAAAGCCUGAAAGCAAGUACCACCAGGCUCAAGGACAGCUUCUAUCCUGCUGUUAUAAGAUUAUUGAAUGGCUCUCUGGUACAAUAAGAUGGACACUUGACCUCAAAAUCUACCUCGUUAUGGUCUCACACCUUAUUGUCUGCCUGCACUGCACUUUCUCUGUAGCUGGUACACUUUAUUCUGCAUUCUGUUAUUGCAUUGAUCUGUAUAAACGGUAUGCAAGACAAGUUUUUCACUGUACCUUGGUACAUGUGACAAUAAUAAACAAAUUCCAACUCCAAUACCAGAGGACAUGCAUUUAAGGUGAGAGGGGCAAAGUUCAAAGGAGAUGUGCAGGCCAAGUUUUUUACACAGAGAGUGGUGGGUGCCUGGAACGGGCUGCCGGGGUGGUGGUGGAGGCAGAUACAAUAGUGGUGUUUAAAAGGCUUUGAGACAGACACAUGAAUAUGCAGAGAAUGGAGGGAUGUGGAUCAUGGGCAGGCAGAAGAGAUUUAGUUUAACUUGGCAUUGUAUUUGGCAUAGACAUGGUGGGCCAAAGGGCCUGUUCCUGUGCUGUACUGUUCUAUGUUCUAGAAGUAGGGAUGGCAGGGUGUCUAGAACCAGGGUUACAGUCUCAGACCAAAGGGUUAACCAUUCAAGACAGAAAAGGGAAAAAAUUUGGAAGUUAGUGAAGUGCCAGAACUCUCCACCCAAGACCUCAGUGGAGGCUCAGUCAGUGAGAAUGUUCAGGAUUGAGAUUAAUAGACUGUUAUAUAUUAAGGGGAGAUAGUCCUGAAGCAAAACAUCAGCCAUGAUCUUAUUGAAUGUUGGUGCAGUCACAGACAUCGAGUCCACCCUGAGCCCACUUACACCAGUCCCAAUUUAUUCUCCCCACAUUCUUAUCAGCUCCGCCCAGAUUCGACCCCUCACCUACACACUGGGGGCAAUUUACAGCGGGCAAUUAACCCACCGACCCACAGGUCUUUGGGACGUUGGAGGAAACCAGAGUUCCUGGGGGGAAACCUAUGUGGUCGCAGGGAGAACGUGCAAACUCCACAUGGACAGCACCGGAGGUCGGGAUUGAACCCGGGUCUCUGGAGGCAGCUAUCAACGCAUUCAGAGCGAAAUGCUGGAACGAGUUAAGAAAAAAAAUUCUCACUUCUCUGACAACUCUGGCUGCUUUGGGACUUGUACUGAGAUGAAGGCUGUUGUUUCUCUUUUAUUUAUUCAUGGGCUGGGAGAGAUGGACAGAACUGAGUGAAGCACAAAUAUGUCUUUCAGACUGUCGGGAAGAUUGUCAGCCUGAGGUGUGAUUCUGUUGUUGCUGUACAUGUCAAAAACCUUACAAACCCACAGGCAGUGUGUUUGAUAUUUUAAGGGUUGUUUUUUCUUGAACUGUUUUCUGUUGAGACAGGACAGAAUAUUUAUUUUUCAUGCAUACACAGUUUGGACUUGGUUCAGUGCAGAUUCAUUACUGUUGAGGGGGUUGUCCUUUGCAAAAACAUUGACUUAAAUUGGUAAUUGGUUUAUUAUGGUCACAUGCACCGAGAUACAGUGAAAAGCUUUGCGUGCCAUCCAAAGAGAUCAUUCCAUACAUCAGUACAUCAAGGUAGUACAAAAGGAAAAGCAAUAAUAGAAUACAAAAUAUAGUGUUACAGUUACAGAGGAAGUGCAGUGUAGGUAGACAAUAAGGUGCAAGGGCCACAGCGAGGUGGAUUGGGAGAUCAAGAGUUCACCUUUAUUGUAAAAGAGGUCCAUUCAAGAG